ACUCACACAAAGAAAAGAUUAGAAGGCUAAUACUUUUCCUUAAAUACCCAUUAUGAAAACAAAAUACAAUAAAUAGUCUCCUACUUUUUAUGUGAGAGCUGAGAAGAAACAGAGGAAAAUUACCAGACCAGAGUUUUUCUUCUGUGUCUGCUUCUUUUGCCCCUCCCUGUCUCUAUCCCUUUAGAAGAAGAAGGGAAAGCUACCAAACAAAAUUCUCAGAGACAAGUUUCUGUAUCUGAGUUCUUGGAUCUUCUGUAACUGCUGUUACAUUUAAAUCAUGCAGGUAAGGCUUUUUGUUGUUGGAGCUGUUCUUCAUCGUCAGUGAUACAAAGCAAUCAUGCUAACUUGCAGCUUCUAGCAACAUCUAGCCAUCAAUCUAUGUAAGGUAAGGAAAGUAAUGUUCGAGAAAUGGGGAAGAAAGGAAGUUGGGUUUCUGCGGUCAAAAGGGUUUUUACUCCGCAUUCCAAAGAGAAGCUAGGCAAUGAAGCAGAGAGAAAGAGUGGCAAAGAAAAGAGGGAGAAAGGCUUUGGGAAGCUAAAGCGUGGAGAGAGCAGUUCAUUUCUUCCAAUCUUCAGAGAGCCUAGUAGUAUUGAGAAGAUUUUGGCAGAAGCUGAGAGAGAUCACAAUCUUGUUUUCAGACCUCCUACUCCUGAUCGAUCAAAUCCACCCUCAGCCUCUCCUCCUCUGAGGCCUGCUUCUCCAAGAGUUGCCUCCCCACAAGCUGCUUCUCCACAGUCUCCUCCUCUUAGACCUGACCUUGCAAGAUUGGACUCUCAAAGAUCGCUCUCACCGAAGACCCCUGACCAAUCAAAUCCAUCAUCAGCCUCUUCCAGUACUCCUCUGAAGCCUGGAGCUCCUUCUCAGAGACUUUCCCCUCCCAUAGUUCCUUCUCUAAGACCAACUUCACCAAGAGUUGUCUCCCCACAAGUAGUCUCUAUAAAGCCUCCUUCUCCAGAAUCAACUUCACCAAGAGUUGAGGCCAUCCUUCCAAAGCCGCCUACUCCAGGAGAAGACUCAUUAAGAUUGGAAACUCCAAGACUACCUUCACCAAAGCCUCCUCCAAGAGUAGAACCAUCAACCUUGGAUGCUCCAAUACCCACUACGCCUAGACCAGAACCAACUAUCUUGGUCCAACAUGUUUCUGCAACAAAGAUUCAAGCAGCUUUCAAAGGUUACACGGCAAGAAGGAGUUUCAAAGCUCUCAAAGGUCUAGUCAGGCUUCAAGGGGUGGUGAAAGGAUACAGCGUGAAACGGCAGACAGUAAAUGCAAUGAAGUACAUGCAGAAACUGGUCCGUGUACAAUCCAAAAUUCAGUCACACCGCAUAAAAAUGUUGGAAAACCAAACACAAGUUGAGAAAGACAAAGCAAAAUGGGCUGCAUCUGAAGCUGGUAAUGAUCAUUGGGACGACAGUGUGCUGACAAAAGAAGAAAGAGAUGCUAGAUCACAGAGGAAAACUGAUGCAAUCAUCAAGAGAGAAAGAUCCAUGGCCUAUGCCUAUUCCCACAAGGUAACACCCAAGUCUGCUCAGGACAUUCGAACUUCAGGUGGGCUCCCUCUAUGGUGGAACUGGGGGGAUCAACAGCUUCCUCUUGCUAGUCCUGUACCGAGCCAUUACAGGCUAACGCCAACAAGACUAAGCCCAAGCCCUCUAUCUCAGUCAAGAAACCAACACCAUUUCAAGCUUGACAACAACUUCGACACUUCCACACCCAAAUCGUCGAGGUCUACACUAUCCAGACCCUUCACAUCAAGAUAUUCCAGAGGAAGACUAAGAGGUCAAGAUUCUCCUUUCAAGGAUGAUGACAGUCUCACUAGCUGCCCUCCAUUCCCAAGCUACAUGGCUCCAACGGUCUCAGCCAAGGCCAAAGUUAGACCAAACAGCAACCCAAAAGAGAGAGUAAUGGGUACACCAUCAUCGGUCAGCAGCGAGAAGAGGAGAAUGUCGUAUCCACCAGCGCAACAAGGUCAAGAUAUGUUUAGAUGGAACAAAGGAUCAUUGCUCAUGAGCAACAAAGGUCCUGGUUCACCUGGAGGUGUGGUGGCUCUUGAGAAGCACAAGACAGUUAAAUCAGUAGGAAAUUUGAGCAUUGACUCUACUGUCUCGAUGUCUAGGAAACCGUUUAACAGAUAUGUGUGAUUUCCUUUUUGAUGGAACAUUUUGCUUUUCAUGUUAACUUUGCUUCAUUUGUUGGUAUUUGAGUGCUGCUGUAAUUUGGGUUUAUGAAUUUACAGAUGUAACAUAAUGAAAAGGACAAAUAAUGACAGAGGAUUUGGUUUGAAGUAGAACUUUUGAAGGCA